CGGCGAGCUGGUCAUGGCAGCAGCCCGCGGGCGGAGAGGCAGCCGCGGGUUGCCGCUGUGAUUGGCACCCCGAGGAGGAGGAGGAGGCGGAGGAGGAGGAAGGCGCGGAGCAGCCGCGGGGCCCGCCAUCCCGCGGCGGCGGAGCGGCGGUGCCCGGGAGGAUGCCGGGGAAGCGGGGCUCGGCGGGCGGCGGCGGCGGCAGCGAGCUCCCGGGGGCCGGCGCGCCGCGGCAGCGCAGGCGGCGGAGGAAGGUCUCCUGCUUCUCCAGCAUCCAGCUCUUCCUGGUGUCCGAGUGCGCCCUGAUGCUGGCCCAGGGCACGGUGGGAGCCUACCUGGUGAGUGUUUUAACCACCCUGGAGCGGCGGUUCAACCUCCAGAGCGCUGACGUGGGCGUCAUUGCCAGCAGCUUCGAGAUUGGCAACCUGGCCCUCAUCCUCUUCGUCAGCUACUUCGGAGCCCGCGGGCACCGGCCACGCUUGAUAGGAUGUGGAGGGAUAGUCAUGGCCUUGGGUGCCCUCCUUUCUGCCUUGCCUGAGUUUCUGACCCACCAGUACGAAUACGAGUCGGGAGAAAUACGCUGGGGAGCUGAAGGGAGGGAUGUGUGUGCUGUCAACGGGUCCAGCAGUGAUGAGGGACCAGACCCAGACCUUAUCUGCAGGAAUAGGACUGCUACCAACAUGAUGUACUUGCUGCUCAUCGGGGCACAGGUCCUCCUGGGCAUUGGUGCUACCCCUGUCCAGCCCCUGGGAGUUUCCUACAUCGAUGACCACGUGAGGCGGAAAGAUUCCUCCCUGUACAUAGGGAUCCUGUUUACCAUGCUGGUAUUUGGGCCAGCCUGUGGAUUUAUCUUGGGCUCCUUCUGUACCAAAAUCUAUGUGGAUGCUGUCUUCAUUGACACAAGCAAGCUGGACAUAACCCCGGACGACCCUCGGUGGAUCGGAGCGUGGUGGGGAGGCUUCCUGCUCUGCGGUGCCUUACUCUUCUUCUCGUCCCUGCCCAUGUUCGGCUUCCCGCAGGCGCUGCCGCCGCGGCCGGAGCGCGCCGGGGACAGCGAGCAGGCCAUGCUGCCCGACAGGGACUGCCAGCGCCACAAGCCCAGCAACGGCGUCCUGCGGCACCCUCUGGAUGGGGACAGCAGCACCACCUGCUUCCAGCAGCUGCGAGUGAUCCCCAAAGUGACUAAGCACCUGCUCUCCAACCCCGUGUUCACCUGCAUCAUCCUGGCAGCCUGCAUGGAGAUCGCGGUGGUGGCCGGCUUCGCCGCCUUCCUGGGCAAGUACCUGGAGCAGCAGUUCAACCUCACCACCUCCUCUGCCAACCAGCUCCUGGGGAUGACAGCAAUCCCGUGUGCAUGUCUGGGCAUAUUCCUGGGUGGUCUGCUGGUGAAGAAGCUCAGCCUGUCUGCUCUGGGAGCCAUCAGGAUGGCCAUGCUGGUGAACCUGGUGUCCACAGCUUGCUACGUGUCCUUCCUGUUCCUGGGCUGUGACACAGGACCUGUGGCAGGGGUGACUGUUCCCUAUGGAAACAACUCAACUCCAACCUCAUCUCUGGACCCAUAUUCCCCGUGCAAUAACAACUGUGAAUGCCAAACUGAUUCCUUCACUCCAGUGUGUGGGGCAGACGGGGUCACAUACUUAUCUGCCUGCUUUGCUGGCUGCAGCAGCACGAACCUCAGUGGCUGCUCGUGCCUCACCUCGGUCCCUGCCGAAAACGCCACCGUCGUUCCUGGCAAAUGCCCCAGCCCUGGGUGCGAAGAGGCCUUCCUGACAUUCCUGUGUGUGAUGUGUGUCUGCAGCAUGAUCGGGGCCAUGGCACAGACACCGUCCGUCAUCAUCCUCAUCAGGACCGUGAGCCCUGAACUCAAGUCUUACGCUCUGGGGGUGCUUUUCCUGCUGCUCCGGCUGCUAGGUUUUAUCCCACCUCCGCUGAUUUUCGGGGCCGGCAUUGACUCCACGUGUCUGUUCUGGAGCACGUUCUGUGGGGAGCAAGGAGCCUGUGCCCUGUAUGACAACGUGGUCUACAGAUACCUGUAUGUCAGCAUUGCCAUCGCCCUCAAGUCCUUUGCAUUCAUCCUAUACACAACCACCUGGCAGUGCUUGAGGAAAAACUAUAAAAGAUACAUCAAGAACCACGAAGGUGGUCUCAGCACUAGUGAGUUUUUUGCCUCUACUCUCACCCUAGACAAUCUGGGGCGGGACUCGGUGCCCCAAAAUCAACCACAUAGGACAAAAUUUAUCUAUAACCUUGAAGAUCAUGAGUGGUGUGAAAAUAUGGAGUCUGUUUUAUAGUGACUGUGGAGGAGUGAACUAUAUUAAUAAUACAAGGGUCCUUUUUAAUAAAACAAGGAGAGAGCACGAAUGAAAGAAGAAACAACUGCAAAACAGCAACGGCAACACAGGAAACUUUUGUCUUUUUCUCAAAGCCAGACCCAGCCAGGAUUCUUGAGAACAGAGUCUUUUAAUGGGAUCACUUGUGACAUCCUGCAGGGUGAUGGAGAAAGCAGGGAGCCCUUGUGGCUGGGCACCAGCCCCUUUGGUGACAGUAUGAGCUUCCAAGGAGGGCACCUGCAGAGGUUCAGCGGAGAGUUUGGUGCGAGGUGUAGAGAAAGCAAGCUGAUAACAGCAGGGUGAUAACAGCAAUAGGUUCUUUCCCAGCUGAGAUGGGGUGUGUGGAGCCCUACAGGGCUGGCCAGGCUGGGUGCUGCUCCAACCUGCUGCGUCCGCGAUGGCAAAGAGGGAGCGGUGCUGGAGUCCUUCCACCAGUCGCACUCUGUCACCAGCCACGAGCCCAGGAUGAAUUCCUUGAAAGCUGCUGGAAACCUUCCCAGUGGCCAGUGAUGCUGUCAGGGGUAUCCAAGUCCUUCCAGGCCAGGCUUAUUCGCAGAUUGCAGCUCAGUGGCUGUCUGUGAAUAACCACGCUCAGAUCUCAAACCCAGUCGAGUUCAAGACGUUUGCUCACACUUGCCAAACGUGCUGUCGUUUUUAAACGGGGAUGAGUUCCAAACACUUAUCUGUGUAGUCCUCUAAUAAGAUGGUUUUUUUGAAAUUAUUUUCAAGGAUAUGUUAACCCUUAAAUCGCUGACACUUUUCCAUGAGGAUGAUUUAUUUAUGCUAGUUUGGGGCAGGAUCCUGUUUAAUUCACCCAAACGUAAUGUGACUCAAGGGGUUUGUUUAAUCCUCUGCAUUUUUUAUCCAUACGCCUUCAUUCUAAUAUGCUACCAAGCCAAUGAAGACACAUAAUAUGUUUUUAAAGAAGAGAAUGAAUGCACUGUGUCUCUAUAAAAACAAUUGUCUGUUGGAGAAUUAUAGAUAAUAUGAUGAUUUACAUAAUAUAGUUUUUUCAUAUUCUAUGUGACUCAGUGAAUACAUAUAUAUGUGGAGAGGCUGUUGAUGUUCUCUCCAGUUUUUAAAGAUAUAUAUAUAUAUCAUUUGCAAUCUAGAAAUUGUGUGGUGGAUGUUUUCUUUAAAGUGUGUGUGUGCGUGUGUGUGGUUGUGUGUGUGUGUACAAGAUGAGAGGAAUACUGACCUUAAUCCUUCAGCCCUCACAACUGGUGUUUUAUUUUUCACCUGAGAGAUUCCACUGACUUUCAGUGGAAGCCGUGUGAGGAAGAUGGAAUAAUCUCUCCUGGAUGCCACAUUUUGUUUGUACAUGUGGGAAUAAUGUCCCUCUGGAAGGCUGGGUUAUGGGAGCAGAGGCUGGCCAGCAUUGAGCAACUCAAGUUUCCAUUCAGCUCCCCACAAAGCAUCCAUGCAGGACCAGAUUUGGCUUGGCUCCUGCAGUGCAGUCUUACCUAAACCUGCAAAAACCAUGGGGAAACUUUCAUCUGAUUACAAGAAACGUGGGGGUCAGGCUUAUUUUGUGUGCACACUUUUGUUUUCCAAAACAUUCCUGCUGGGAAGCAAUGCAAUUUGGUGGCAUUUGAUGAGUUUUUUUCCGUGGAACCAGAAUUGUUUCCGAUGGACUAAAUGUCAGAAGGGCUUUAAGGGUUAGCAUCAUAAUUAAAAGUUCCUUUUCUGUGUGAAUUUUGAAGCUGUUGUGAACUUGAGGAUGUUUAGAGGAGUAACCUGGCACGUUGAGGGAAAUGCUGGAUGUCACUUCCAUGCAGGGGGCAGAGGGGCUGAUCUUCCCCAAGUCCUUGUCCAUUGCUGCAGUGGACACCCCAGAGCUGGCACAAUUACAGAGGGUUGAUAACUUGUCACUCAUGUUCAGCACAUUUUAGCAGACUUUGCUCUUAUCCAGGCUUUGCAACAUGGGUGUGGAGUAUCCAACUGCUUCCACGUGAUUGAAUUUGUAUGUGUGCUUCCAGCUUAUGCACAGAAUUACAUGUUCAGCCACAAUAAGGGCAGGAAAAAAGGGUGUAUCAAAUAAACUCCAUUGUGCCAAAUACUCAACAAAUAUUGUAAUUGCAGAUAUUUAAUUCUUGGGUUUCAGCCAUGUUAAGAAUCACUCAAUUGAUGAAGGAGUUUAAGGAAAAAAAAAUAUUAAGCUAUGCAGUGCCAUUGUUAUGUUGGGUGGUAAGUGAUGCUUUUUAGACCAUUAUGUUGGUUUAGUAUAUCCUAUCUGCUAAAAUAGAGAUACUGCAUCCAUAAAACAAUGAAUUCAGAAAAGGCACAGGGUGCAUAACUGUCUCAUAAAAUAUAUAUAAUUGUCAAGUAUAAGCCUUUGAAA